AUGGACCUAAUAGAAAAUGUACAAGUUCAAGCCAUCAUAGGACCAGAGAACUCAGGACAGGCCAAGUUCAUGGCAGAUCUUGGGGACAAAGCUCAGGUUCCUAUUGUUUCUUUUGCUGCAACAAGCCCUUCGCUUUCUUCAGAUCUUAAUCCUUUCUUCAUUCGCACUGCAUACAAUGACUCUGCUCAGGUGAAAGCCAUUGCUGCAAUUGUUCAAGCAUUUGGUUGGAGGGAAGCCGUACCUGUGUAUGAAAACAGCGAGUAUGGUAAUGGAAUUAUACCAUAUCUGGUUGAUAAUUUUGAAGCAAUCAAUACUCGCAUCCCCUACAGAAGUGUUAUAACUCCUAAUGCCUCAGAUGAUCAAAUUCUUGAAGAGCUAUACAAAUUGAUGACAAUGCAAACUAGAGUAUUUGUUGUGCACAUGUUGCCCUCUCUUGGCUCUCGCUUAUUUUUGAAGGCAAAAGAAGUAGGAAUGAUGAGUGAAGGUUAUGUCUGGAUCAUCACAGAUGGGCUGACAAAUUUCUUAAGUUCCAUGGAUCGUUCUGUUAUUCAUUCUAUGGAAGGUGUGUUGGGAGUAAAGCCCCAUGUUCAGAGAUCCAAAAAACUUGACAGUUUGGAAGUUUCAUGGAAAAAGAAAUUCUUACAAGAGAACCCAGAUACAGUCAAUGCAAAACUAGAUAUUUAUGAACUAUGGGGAUAUGAUACUGCUUGGGCAUUGGCAAUGGCAGCAGAGAAAGUUGCAGGGGUGAAUUCCAGCUCACAGAAGUCUAAACUUUCCCUGAACAUUAGCAGUGUAGAAUCUCUUCGAGUCUCUCAAAUAGGUUUGGAACUUCGAGAAGAGAUUUUAAAUACCCAGUUUGAAGGUUUGAGUGGGGAAUUUAAACUUGUCGAUGGGCAACUACAAUCAUCAAUCUUUCAAAUAGUGAAUGUAAUAGGCAGAAGUGAAAAGGAUAUAGGGUUUUGGACACCAAUGAAUGGACUUUUCCAUGAGUUGAAUGUGACCAAGACAGAGACAUAUCCAAGCUUAAACGAUAAGAAGCUUCUGUACUAUCAUAUGGCCUGGUGA